AUAAUAGUGUGGGCAAAAAUGCAGGCAAAAAUACAGAUAAAGAUAUGGACGAAGAUACUAACAAAGGUUUUGACAAAGAUUCAGAUGAAGGUUUAGACAAAGGUACUAACAAGGAAAAUGAUUUUAAUAAUUGA